UCUCUCUCUCUCUCUCUCUCUCUCUCAUAUAUGUGUUUGUGUAAAUAUAUCCAUCGAUUUUACUCUGUCCCUUUUGGCUUUUGCGAAUUGUGACGCUUGGUUAUGUUCUUCUGAGGCAUCUCGAAUGGAUCACUCAUGGAAAUGAUUGAUUUCUACGGAUUUUGGGCUCUUACCCAAAAUCAAGAUGAUUAGUGUUUCUUACAGAUUCCGACUUGAAAAUAAGAGUUCCAAAAUCUGGCUAUUCAUAUCGAAUCAUAACAGACUGCUGCUGUGCCUUUGAUUUGGGGGCUGUCCAAAAUCUUGUCCGAAACAGCUAGAAAGCAAUGGGACACGCCACGAAGAAGUCCUCGAGUUCUAGUAAGGGAUUAUUGCAGAGCGAAGAGUUGUAUCAGUACAUCUUAGAGACUAGCGUGCACCCACGGGAGCCUGAGGUUCUGAAGGAGCUAAGGGAUGUUACUGCAAGCCAUCCAAGGGCCAGGAUGGGUACUGCACCAGAUGCAGGGCAAUUAAUGGCCAUGCUUUUGAAGAUAGUCGAUGCAAAAAAGACUAUUGAAGUCGGAGUUUUCACUGGAUACUCUCUUCUACUCACUGCUCUUUCAAUUCCUGAUCAUGGCAGGAUUACUGCCAUAGAUCUGAGUCGGGAGACUUAUGAGAUGGGUUUGCCAAUUAUUAAGAAAGCUGGUGUAGAACACAAAAUAAACUUCAUCGAGUCACAGGCUCUACCAGCUCUUGAUAAACUCUUAGAAGACCACGAGAAUGAAGAUAGUUUUGAUUUUGCUUUUGUUGAUGCCGACAAGAUCAAUUAUUUGAAUUAUCAUGAAAGGCUGAUGAAACUGUUGAAAGUUGGUGGGCUAGUUGUCUAUGAUAACACACUCUGGAAAGGAUCAGUUGCAAUUGCUGAUGAAUCAUCUGUUCCAGAGGACAUGAAACCGGGCAGGCAGUCAACAAUUGAGUUUAACAAGUCAGUGGCAGCUGAUCCUCGCAUUGAAAUUUCUCAUGCUCCAUUGGGUGACGGAAUCACUAUCUGCAGGCGUAUCUACUGACACCAGCGUUUAUAUUUUUACUCGCUCCUUCUGCUUUCUGAUAUAAGCCUAUUAGAAUUCCAUAAUCAGUACCAUACUUUUACAAUAUAGAAUAUAAGUUGUUUUAUGGAAGUUGUUUGGAUAUGAUUUAUGUUUUCCCAAUUGUAUUAGGGGAGUUCCAUAUGACAAUUAAUUAAUAAAGAGAUAUGUGUUUGCUUCUA